CCUGUCUUCAUUCAUGAAUGCUCAACCGGCCACUUGGCGCGUGUGAGUCUUAUCCCCAAGUAGUUGCAAAUACUUAUGACGAAGAAGCGUGGAAGAAUGAACAAACUGAUUAAUAAUAAUAAAUAGGCAGAGACGAGGGAAGAGAGGGAGGAAAAGAAGAAUUGGAGAAAAAUGGGAAUAGCGCUGGUUUGGUCGGAGAAGAGGAGGGUGAAAAAUGCGAAGCCUGUAGCGGGGAUGUGCUCAGCCUGCGGCGCCGGCGCCUGUGUUGUCGAAGUGCACGCUCAGCGCAGGUUAUUUCUCCUCAUUCCGCUCUAUUCUCGGACAUGGCGUGCCAUUGUUUGCCCUUCCUGCGGAGCGCUGCUCAAAUCUUACAAAGGUUGCAGAUGUUUUUCCUCUUCUGAGAAUGUUAUACACAGAUCCGCCUUUUGUUCCUAUAUAAAUUUAGAAGCGUUAUAUUGAGUCCAAGAUCUGAUGAUAAAGGCACCUUCUACUGUGAAUUUGAAUUCUCUGUAUUCUUUAGCAGAUAAACGUAGAAGCGUUAUACAGAGUCCUUGAUCUUUAUGGUAAAGGCAGCCUUCUACUGUGAAUUUUCUACUUUCUUUUACAGAUAAAUUUAGGAACGUUAUGCAAAGUCCUUGAUCUGACGAUAUAGGCAGCCUUCAACUUUAGAUUCUCUAUUUUCUUUUAGUGAUAAAUUUAAAGCGUAAGACAGAGUACUUGAUGUGAUGAUAAAGGAAGCUGCCUUGAACUUUGUGUCCUCUGUUUUCUUGUAGAGAUAAAUUUAAAGUGUCAUACAGAGUUCUUGGUGUGAUGAUAAAGGCAGCCUUCAACUUUGCAUUCUCUUGUAAAUUUAGGAGCGUUAUACAGAGUACUCAAUCUGAUGAUAAAUACAGCUUUAACCCGUGCAUUUUCUUUU